GGGUACUAUCUAUCAUGGCUUCACAAGCUUAGAAGGGUGUUGCUAACAAGCACAUUCUCAUACGAGGACGGUGGGGUUAGUCUAUAUAUUGCGACAAGUACUCAGUGCGCCACAGGCAUCCGGCAUCGUAACCGCUUACCUGUUUAGAAGUAAAAACGCUUUUUUUUCUCUACGGUUUCUGCAGAUCACGAGGAGUCAUUUUGAUUUUGGCUUGAUACCGUAUCAUUUUUUUCUGCUCCUCACUGUUCGACGAGUGCUCCAAGAAAUAUGGGGAACGACACAUCGAAAAGCAAGAAGUCUGCAGGCGUACAGGAUGGUCCUGCGACUGUCUGGUGGCGGGAGUUGCCCGCGAAGAAAAGGGGGCGCGCGAGCAGGAGCGUGAUCGACGAUGAAAGUUCGCGGAGUCACUUCGCAGUCGUGUACGACGAAACUGAUGCUGCACUAUUGGCAGAUCGGGUACAGUUCGUCUACGACGCCAUUUUGUGGGAGCCAAGCGUGCGCAAAAUGGUGUUCGCCAGCAACAAAUCUUCCAUCGAGGAAACGUUGCGGGCACUUGCGCAGACCAGGACGCGCAAGGAAGAGGACUGGAUGCGCGACUGGUUGGACCCGAGGGAUCUCAACGACGCUCCCGGGGACGGUGCGACGGGUCAGGCGGCAAGCAGCAAACGGGCGCCGAGUGGUCCGUUGAAGCUUGGCAACAAGAUUACGUUCCAGGACAUGGCGGGCACCUCUCACGACAUCGAAAAUUUUCUGCUCCCGACACAGCUUGGCGAGCUGAAGACCCAGAGGGAGGCUCGGUACAAACAGAUCAAAGUGGAACAAAAAUGGGCGCAGUUCGCGGAGGUGUUAUACUCGCAAUAUCUGGACGGCCAGCGGCUGCGCGCACGGUGGUGCGGAAAGAACCUGCUGCGGAAGAAGCCCCAGUUUUUAAAGGUGAGCGAGCUUUUGGAUCUCCUAUACGAGCGUGCGGGAUUGGAACCGCGCUACGCCAUGAUCAUGGGACUCCCGGAGGCGCAAGCUCGGUUGGAACAGUGCCCGGAAUACAUCCUCGAGAAGGAGAACGGCGGUAUUGCAGACAAGGAAAGCGAUUUGGAGAGUCACGAGGAGGACAGCAAGGCUUCUGCGGGUUCGGACGAUACUUUUUCGGAGGAGAGCAGCGCGCGUCCUUAUAUUGAGGAGAUCGAGUCCUCUGCGGAAGAAGGGCAUAAGCCGGUUCUUGAAAAGGGCGAGCUCGAGCUCAGCGCUGCAGAGAAGGACAUCAAGAAGAAGACCGAAGCAGUAGAUGCGAAGGAAGUAACUUCGCCGCCAAAGGAACCGAAGUCCUUGAGCGAGGAAGUCCGGUUGCACGCGUCGAGGUACGUUUUGAUGAAUACAGACGACCGAUUCAAUUCCUGCCGUCUGGUGCUUCGCGGUAAGUCAGGACCGUUUGAAGUGUUUCUGCGCAAGCAGAUUGAGUUGAAACAGGCAAACCCCCGGUUUGUGCGCUUCAAGGCCGACACCGGCGCAAUUGCAAGCAAGCGUCUCGCGGGUCCUCUAGCGGAACUCAGCGUGGAGGUUGACUGGGACCCGGAGACCACGGUCAGUGGUGUCUCGGGAAGCAGUGUGGUACGUAUCGAACUCGUCAGGUUUUUCACCUCUACAAGUUCAGAGCUGCAAGACCGGAAAGAGCCCGAAGUUGCACCGGUCAUCAAUGGCGACGACGCGGGGGCGGUCGCAACAGCAUCAUCUUCCGCGGGCGGAGUCGCGAAUGGGGGUGCUGUGAACACCACUCGCUUCUCAGAAACGGCAAAAGCCCCACUAAAAGCAGCACCCGCGGUGUCCACGUCGCCCACGUCGAGUAAACAGGGUCUUCUGCGCAAGCAGUCCUCGAUCUUGGAUGUGGUAGAAAUGGAAUACAAGGUGGUGUCCGCCGCGACUAUCGUUUGGCCAGACACUAGUGCGGAGUUCCAACAUGACAGAAGUGAACUGGUGGACCUGGCUCGUCCGGGGGACCGCUUCGUUUUUUCGUGCAAGCAAGGUGGUAUCGCGCCCGUACGUCCUCUGAAGAUUCGAACCGUCCGCGCAGGCGUGAGUUACAUGCUCACGGAAACCGGAGAGUCGAACCUCGCGACGGUUUUGGCAACGACGGUGAGCAGUAGCGGGGGCAUGGGAGGAGCUAAAAUUGUUCCACCGGGUACUUCAUCCACCUCGGCUGGCGACGACAAAAAUGGCAUAGAUACGCCGCCGCGGCGCAAGUGUGCGCGGCCAGGCUGCGGGUAUUGCGUGAACCAGAACCCGUACUUUCGGACCCUGAAAACGGCCGAAGGAAGGAGCUAUUUCGAAACGACGACGCCCUCCGGCGCCGCUGCGGAAGCCGAGGAUGAUGAUCCGGGACUCGACCGCUGGAACUACUGCUGCGCCGGCUGCUUCAACGGCGUUGCCCACGACGCCAUGUGCCAGCGGCAGUCGGCGGACGGGAUUUCCAUCGCACAAAGUACAACCGACGAACAGCGACUCGUGGAGCUCGCGCGCCAACGUGUGAAGGAGGCCAAAUUGUGGCCGGAAAGUGACACGUUCACGGAGAAGUUCAAGCGUCUGCUUCGAAAGGACCCGGAGGAGGCGACGAAAGUGUUGGUGAAAGACCUUUGCGAGAGCCAGAUGCUGCGGGAAAAGACCCAGCGGGUCCAGCAGCGGACCGUGGAUUUGCUGCUCGACGACGGAACGUACCUGGAAGACCUCCGGAAGGCGAAGAAAGACUGGUCCGACUCCAAGGCGCGGGCGACCACGGCCAGUGCGGGGUCGCAGGGUGAGGUGGAAAGCAAAAAGGAAAAGUGGAUGCCCAUGGCCGCUCGGUUUGGGAUCACCGAAGACUCGCCGGACUCGCCCACUCCGGAAGACACCAGCGACACAAGCGAGGCCGUGGAAAGUGAUAGUGAUACGAGUGGCGAUGACUCCGACGACAGCGGCAACGAUGGUGCGGGGGGCGGCGCGGUAGCAGCCGGGCUGAAUUUAGGACCCUUUGGCCAGAUGAACAUGAAAAUGAAUGUGAAAGGACCCGGGGGUGGCCGUCAACAGGGCGGGGAUGAUUGUGCACAGCAAUGAAUUGAAUAGGCGGCCAGGCAAAGGAACAUGGCUGUUUUUCCAUACUCUCACGUUGAUCUGGAUUGUGCUCGUGUAUUGAAAUAGGUGUCGCAGUUGCGCGCAUUCAUUCUCUUUUUCUCUUUUAAUUUUCUUUUUUUUUUUAGAUGUGUAUAGUGCUUUUUGUUGUGAGUGUAGUGUCUUUCCUCAUGCAACGUUUCAAGAUUCGCCCUGCCUGGAGCCACCUUUUGCGAGUGCUAACCUGUUUUGUUUCCCGAACAGGAGUUGUAGGUGACAAACUGUUUUCAGACGCACAUGCCUGUUGCGCGCUGCUCGCCCUGAUUUCGUACAUACUCGAGAAAUCGUCGACGAAGGAUCAGAAAAA